ACGCGGGACGGGGUUCGAGACAGCGCUCCCCGCCUCGGCGGGUGGGGUGGUGGGGUUGUGGGGCUCCGGGCCUCCGGGGUUCCGCGACUCCGGAGCUUUGCUCCGGGCCUCCGGGGGCGCGGCCUGCGAAGCCCACACAGCCCAGCGGGCCGGGCUACGGCAGCCGGGCGGGCCCACGAGGCGGUGUCUCGCGUUUCCCGGCGUGCCCCGCGGCGGAUUGUACACAAUCAUCAUGGCCGCCGCCGAUGGUGCCGAGGAACCGGGCAUGGAGGCGGAGGAGCUGGCGCCGGGCUGCGGCGGGGGAACGGCUCAGGCGCGGCAGCGAGGUCCCCGCAGGACCCGGAGACCGUCAGCAACGGCGGCGAGGAGGAGGGCGGGAAGGAGCAGGUGGAGCUGAAGGUGAUCUGGAACAAGAACAAGUACGAUGUGAAGUUCUGCCUGGACGGCACCGGCGCGGAGCUGAAGCAGAAGAUCCACUCCCUGACAGGCCUCCCACCCGCUAUGCAGAAAGUGAUGUUCAAGGGACUGCUGCCGGAGGAGAAGACGCUGCGGGAAAUCAAAGUGACAAACGGAGCGAAAAUCAUGGUCGUUGGCUCCACCAUCAAUGAUGUGUUAGCGGUGAAUACGCCCAAAGAAGCUGCUCAGCAGGAGGUCAAAGCUGAAGAAAAUAAAAAGGAGCCGCUCUGCAGGCAAAAGCAACACAGAAAAGUGUUGGAUAAAGGAAAACCUGAUGAUGUGAUGCCUUCAGUUAAAGGUGUUCAGGAACGCCUGCCGACAGUGCCAAUUUCUGGCAUGUACAACAAGUCAGGGGAAAAAACUGACCUUUAACUUGAGCAGGACCGUUGGAUGUGGGCAGACUUGACUGUGAGGAGCUUGGUACAGUCCCUGGUAGUCAGUCCUGAAUGUUCUUACAGCUGGACCAGCUUUCCCUGUGAGAGAACAGAAAAGUUACCCAUGGGGUCCAUUAAAAAUGUGGUGAGUGAACCUAUUGAAGGACAUGAGGAUUAUCACAUGAUGGCAUUUCAGCUGGGCCCAACAGAAGCAUCUUACUACUGGGUCUAUUGGGUGCCCACUCAAUAUGUUGAUGCAAUCAAAGACACGGUGCUGGGGAAGUGGCAGUAUUUUUGAAAGCACGCUCACCUCUGGCACAGGAAAAUGACACAAAGCUAAGGACACUGCUGGGAGAGGCCUCCAACAUCCCUGGAUGUGAUAGUCCUGGAACUUAUUAAUAAAACAUGAUAAACGAGGCACUGAUGGAAGCCAGAGGUGAUGUUCUUUCACCAUUAGUUUACUUUUAACUUAAAAAUUUCACCAUCCCUUUUCUGCAGUCAACUUCAACCAUAUUUAAAGCAAAUACAAUGGAAAUCAAUAAAUCUUAAUUCACAAAAUACUGUGUGUAAUACACUUAAAUCUGCUGAGAGUUGAUCUUCCAAUUUAGUUUUAAAACGGAAAUGUUACAAUGUAUUACUGAGGAUUUUUUACAUGGUUUGAACAAAACCAAAUAUUUUCAUAACCUUUCAGUUACAAGCAUUAGCCUUUAGUUACUUGGUUGUGACUGAGAACUUCAGAAACCCUUUUUUAAAAAUAAAUUUUAACCAGUAUGCAAAAGUGAUGUUUAUUAAGCCAUAUUCUGCUGGCCCUUUUGUUUCAGGUUUAACUCUUUGGUAGCAAAACUAUUAUUUUUUUUUUAACCCAAAGAUGCCCUGCUCUUUUGGGGUUUUUUGUUUGUUUCCCCCCCCCCCCCAUCCUCCUUUGUUUCUCAGUACUGGAAGCUCUGGGUUGGUCUCUGUGUGGUGUGUUUGGAGCAGACAAAUACCCCUGUGGAUGUUCCCAGUGCUGCUUCUGUCCCCUCUCAUGCCCCCCUGGUGGCUGCCUCCCACCUGCACACCCCUUGGCUCCUGCUCUGACUCCUGACAUGUUUUUCUGAGAAUUUUUUGUUUUGAUCCUGCAUGUCACAUUCUGGAAUACUUUUGCAGCUGCUGUGGUGACACUGCUCUGUCUGAGGGUGCUGCCUGGGGGGAACAGUGACCCCACCUCACUGAAGGGUAACCCCAGAGACCUUCCUGCCCCUGCAGGGCAGGGACAAGCUCAGAUGCCAUUUGGGAUCUUAAAUAACAGGAGCAGGCUUUGGUACCCUGUAUUUGAAAAUGUGAUCUUAUUCACUGAAUCUUACCAAAUUGGAAACAUCUAUUCAGCAAUUGGUUUUUGGGGUUUUUUAAAUUUUAUUUAAAUAACCUUUCAGCUUUUCUCUUGCUCAAGUUUACAGGAAGUUCUUGCCCCUCAUCCUGUCUGAAGUAAUGCUUCUUGCCUUUGGUUGUGGCAUCCUGCCUGUCAUCUCAGCAAUCCAUGUGCCAUUUCUCUCAGGUUUUGUGAAUGAGCCUUUCAGUGCUGAAGGGAUGCAGGCCCUGGGCAGGUGGUGUUGUGCAGCCAGGUGGGGUCAGUCUGGCUCUGUGCAGAACCUGCAGCUCACAGAUCACUCCAGGUUUUAGCACUGGGUUUGCUCAGUGCAAGUAACUCAACGUUUUGUGGAACUGGUGUUGCAGGAAUAGCUGAUCUUGAUCUAUUUAUUCCAUGUCCAUUUUUCACUCGCCUCAAAAGAGCCUGGUUGAAACUCAGCAGGUGCAAAUUCCCAGAUAAGUAUUUAUUUUAUUUCUAUUUUAUUCUGAGAGGCUGAGAAAAGCAUUCACUUCAUGGUGUGUUUAGGUUCUGUGUUUACCUGUAGACUCUUGAUAGCAACAUAAGCAGUUUCUGGUUUGUAUUUUCAGUUAGAACAUUCAUGCAAUACAAAUUUUAAAGGUGUUUCAUAUCCUCCAUAUAAACUAGUGAUGUGCUUGUUCUCGUAGCUUGAGGUAUUUCCUUGCUGUGUCCCAGCCACCAGCUGCGUGUCCUGGCAUAAAGGGCUGGAGCUGGGUGGGCUCCUGAGCAGCCCCUUCCCUGGGGCCAGAGCAGGCAGGGGAGUUCAUGGGAGAUACAGUUGGGAAUUAAAUGCAGCUGACACACUUCUAAUUGCCAACCCUGGUGCUAAGGCUUAAAUUUCAAUUUCAGUACCUGGUGGGAAGCACACACUACAGCAUGGAGAGGACUGGGGACGUGGGCUUUCUGUGUCACUUGGGGCCACCUCUGCACUCCUGUCCUGUUGGCUCUGUGCUCACCAUCUCCCUUGGGCCUGUCUGUGCAUCCAUCAUGUUCUGUUUUCCUUCCCUGUCUGUUCCUUUGCCUGCUCCUUGCCAGGUUGUGCACUUGAGCUGCCAGGGCCUCUGUGCUGGAUGCCCCUGCCCUGGUGGGACCCUGGUGCAGGGGUCAGUGCUGUGCCCGUGUCCCUCCUGUGCCAGGUACAAUCCAUAGCAAAAGAAACUGAAUAUAAAAACUGUGUACAAAGCAGCUUUAAAUACAGAAAAGACAAACUGAGAAAGUGUGUUCCUACUUAGGUGAUGCUUUUUCGAGGCAGAUUUGAUUUGAAAAAGGAAGUUGUUUCACUUUUUUGUUCUCAGUGCAAAGUUUGAAUUAAAAUACAGGGAAGUGAUGCUUAUAUAAAAUGUUAUAACUGGUGUUUGUUGGCUUACUGCAGUAGGUUUCUUGGGAGUCCUUUGACAUGAAUAUUCCAGCUGAACUUAGCAGCACUGCUUUUAAAGUCCUUUCUUUUUCAGAGUGAUGUGGAGCUUUGUAUCUUCUGGUAUGUACUGAUUUUUCCAAGGCAAUGUUUGGCAUUAACUAAUGGUCAUUAACAUCUAAGAAAACACCAUCUCUUGCUCAGUAGUGUCACAGUGUCACAGCUCUCCUGACUGAGGCGCUGUUUGCUGGGCAGCUCCAGCAUAGCACAGGGUACUGUGGAGGAGCCUGGCAAUUGGUCCUCAGCCAGACACAAAUCUUGUGAGUAAACUGCAAAUAUAAUCAGCAUUUUGAGUUGGCUUAUAAAGAUUGUUUUGAGAUUCAAUGUGUAAUCUUCCAUAGGAAGUUUAUGGUAAUAUCUGAUGAUUUCUGUGCAAAAUUUAGUUCAGUUAAACUACAAUUCAAACAUCUCUUUUCACUGGAGAUCUGUUCCCUGGUCUGUGCAAUUCCCUAUGAGCAUUUUGGGGUAUGAAGUUGUAUCAAGUGCUUUGCAGAUUUAUUAAUAGGGCAUUAAAGCACCCAUAGUGCAAACUUGGGUUUCCAGGGGCAGAGCUGGUGGGCAGUGUCUCCCUACACCCAGCUGCAGCCCUGAGCUCUCCAUGGGUGCAGCUCAGCUGUGUGCUGAGUACUCUGCCCAGCACUGUGGAUUCUUUCUCUCCUUAUCCUGAGCUCAGUAUUCCUUCCUUCUCUGUCCGCACAUCCCAAGUUGUAAACAUUUCCUGGGUCAGUAUUGCACUGGAAUGCAGAAGUUCAUCCCUGAACCUGGCUUGUGUUUGAGCAGAGACUGUACCUUGUGUGAAGAUCUUGUAUUACCCACAAGUUUUUCCUAUCAAGUUUAAGUCAAUCAUUAAUUUCUGUUAAUGAGACUUGGUAAGAAAUGUAACUGAAAUAAGGAUGUUACAAUGAUGGAAAAGGAAAAAAAUGACCUGAAUCCAAGGAACCAGAGAAGCCCCAGCUAAUAAGCCACAUGUGCACAACCUGCUGCAGUCUGUACUUGAUGCAGUUCCACCCAUUGCUUCUUCAUCCUUUAAGGGCCGAAGAGGAACAAUUCCCUCACAGUGACACUGUCCAGGUGCCAUAUUGUGGUGGUCUGUCCAGGCACUCCCCUCCCACCACAGGGAUGCAGUGGGUGCUCCCUGGGCUCGCUGCCACAGGGUUUCUGUCCAGACUUUCCUUCUGCUGUUUACUUGGUUUAUGUUUUCCUCUGUAACUUGUUUUUUCCUAUGGAGCCAUUUUCUUUUCCAGCUCUGUACUCCAGACUUUUGACACCUGCUAGGGUGAGGUUGUUCCCAUCUCAGUUUUGGUGUCCUCAUCACUGGGGGGAGGAAGGGGACCAGGAGAGUUGUAGCAAGUCUUGUAUGAAGCAUCUGUCUGCCUUACCCUUAGCCAAGGAUUUGCUUUCUCCAGCUCAUGGAAGUUCACAUCUUGUCCAUAUCCUACGCAACUCAUUCUUUGGUUUUUAUAUUAAAUAAAGUCUUAGAUGUUUGUGUCCACUGCUGAUUUAUUUUAAAUGGAAUAUGUAAGUACCAUGUAUUGCAAUAUUUUUAAAUAAUCUAUUGCCUAUUUCAGGGGAGGAGGAGAUGACAAAUAUUUAGUCUUAGAUUUGCACUGCUGGAUUUUUUAAGUGACUGCUUAUCCUAUUGUUUUAUUCUGUAAGAUUAGUCUUAUCAAUUAAAAUUUGAUAAU